AUCUUCAUGACACCUUGAAACUCCAGCAAAGUGUUUAAAACAUAAAAUUCCCACUUUAAAUCCAAAAUGACGACAUCCAGCAGCCACUAAAAGACCCAGUGUUAUUUUUUGCUGUAGAAACAGGUGCAGGUAUUAUAAGAGACCCCACCCCCCCCACCUCUCAGCUUCUUUCAAUUAUUGCUGCCUUUCACACCUCCUCUCCUACACAUGACGUCACCUUCGACAGGAAGUGAGAUGCCUCAGCUCAAGUUGUUAGAAAACACUCCUCUAGCUCUUCUCACAGGCCUUUGCUUCAUCAGCCUCCUUUUCCUGUCGUUCACUAUUCAUGUGCAUUUGCUUUUCUUUGUCAUGGUCCAGAGGAAACGGAGAAUUGAUUCGGCCACAGACACAAACACAACAUGGAAACCUCAGCUGUGUGUUUCCCAUGCAAUGUUGUGCAAAGCAAAGACAAUCAGGGCAACUAGAAGGCAAUGGUAUAUGGGUAAAUGCUGCCUCUCUGUGUCUUUUUGCUGGUACUACACCUAGUGUUUUAUCAGUCUCCGCUUCCUAGGUCAAAGUCCAAUUCUCAUAAAUGCUUGAGCAAAUAACCUGCUGAGAACCACCUCCUUUGACAACACAAUAAAUGUCAAUACCUCAGUGAAAGUUCACUCAUUUCACAAAAUAAAAAAGUGUGUUCUGUGACCCUCAGACUUUGUUUUGGGGCUAUAUCUGUAGUAUUUGUAUUUGUGAUAUGAUGCACAAUGUAAUCAAACAUGUAAGAACUCGCUAGGGUGUACAAAGAACACCAAAUUUUUGGAACCUGAAUCUAAUAAUAAAUUGACCAAUUCUGCUGAAUUUGUUAGUUUGAGAAAAAAUAACAAAGAAGUUAUUUGAAAAGGGGCGUUAAGACUGGAAAGCACUUUGUAGAUACUUAUAUUACCUAUAUACUUUGGAAAAACAGUCCGUACGAUGUGAGAUAAAGCUCAUGCAAGAUUCCAGCAUGAACUGUUUUCGAAAUAAACAUAAUAAAACCUUCAGCGGUUGCACAUUAGCAUCAGGAGCCCCGAGACUUCCUGCAGUACAGCAGGUUAUUAGCAAAGGGUCAAAGGCCAUGCAGUCUCCAGAAGCUACUUGUCAGUCCCAUAUAACCACUGGGAUGCUAAUGUCUCCUCCGAGCGGGGCAAACAGUAACCACUCUAAAAACCAGCCAUCACCUCUGACCCCUCUUCCUAAGGUUGCCCCUCUUUCCCGCUAUUGAUCCUCCAGGUUCCCCUGACGUCGAGGGUAAGUGUGAGAAGUCUCUUUCAGAUAAAAGCAUUCGAGGAGUCUUAACUAUGUCUCAUCCAGAGUGUGUGUGUGAAAAUUCACCGAUACGGAGAGGGAAGCUAAGAUGGAUCAUUAAAGGCGUCUGUAGCCGGCAGCGCUCUGUGCGUGCAUUUCAGAGCUUGGCCCCGUUACUUCGGGAUCCCUCUCAGUCCGCUCAGAGAGGCAGGUGUAGGGUCAAGAGGAUAACUCACUGACAAAUGCAAGAACUCUGCUAUGACACAUAAGGAGGCCAAGCUCAUGGCAGAUAAAAUGGAAGCACUCUUACUCCUGCUCAUGUUCUUCACAGUACCUGGUUAUUCAUACGUUCUGCAGCCAAAAUCGACCAUGACACAAAUCGCUGGGCUGGACAGACACCACCAGCCUGAGCCCCUCAAGAGGGAAAGGCCUGUGAAGGAGAGAGGAGAAGAUGGGCUGAAAAUGGACAGAAAUCAAGAAUAUGAGAAAGGAAUCCAGGAGAGGCCGAAUGCCCCAAAGUCAAACCCCAAAAACUGGUUACAAGUGAAAAGUCAUAACACAGGGACACAAGAAGAAGAAACAUAUGAUGACACAGAUAAGCAAAUGGAGAAGCUGAGUAAAGAAAUGGUGGAAGAGGAGAGAAAAAGCAGGCUGGUUGCAGGGAUUAGUGAAUAUUAUGACAGAAGAGGAGACGCUCGUGAGGAUGUAAAGAUAAUUGCAGCAGAGAAAGGAGGAAACGAGGAAAGAGAAGAACAGGGGGAGGACGUUAAAAAUGCAAAGGGUAAUGAAUGGAAGGACAGACAAAGGGAAGAUCACAUGCUAGUUCCUCUGUUAAGAACAGCCCCUGCAGAAGUGGAAUCAGUGUCUGCAGCAAUUAACACUCUGACUCCAAUUCCUCCUCGUCGUAAUCAUCACAAUCUCUCUCCACUAGUUCCGGUUUCACCGACACUGGUUCCUCCGCUCUCUUCUCUCCCUUCCACCCCUUCCACAAAAACUAGUCCCCAAUUCUUUCCUGCUGACGUCUUUAUUCAGAAUCCCUCGGUCUCAACUGUGGUCCCUGGCGAAGUGAGGUCCGUCUCGCAGGUUGAAGAUCUCCUCUUUGAGGAGCUGAAAACUCCUGGAUAUCAUCUCAAGCAGAAUCAGGAAGUGAAGGCUGGUCCAAAUGUAGAGGAUGAAACGGACAAACAUGUGUGGGCGGAACCUGCACAGAAGGAAGCACAAGAAAUACACACUGUCGUUCAACCAGAGAGUGAAAUUACCCCCGGUGUGCAAGAAGCAACAUUGAAACCCAAAGAAGCAGAGUUUAUAACCACAGAUCUAAGAACAAAAGAACCGGAUCCUACACCAAAGUCAAAUGAAAACAUAGCCACAGCUGAACUGGUCAAUUUUACACAUAAACCAAACAUGACACGGGCCACAGGCAAACCAGGAUCAGAUAAACUGAUGGAAAAUGACACCAAACUCGCAGUGAAGCAAAAUAAAGCGUCUCUUUCCAGACCACCAGUUGCCGAACCUUCAGCCAGACCACGGCUGGCAACUGCCAGGACACAUUCGACGAGGCCAACGAAAAUCAACAGAACCAGCAAAAAUAAGACGGUUAGAAAGUCCAAGGACAAUAAAAGAAAAAAGGACAAUAAGACCAAGAAAACUCCAUCUGAGAGGAAGAAGAAGGUCACAGCGCCAACGCCCUUUCCCUACUUUUUAGAUAACUACUGUCCACCUGAGUGUGCCUGCUAUGGAAGAGUGGUUCAGUGCUCAGACAAAGGUGUGGACAAAGUUCCUUAUGGCAUUCCCUAUAACGCCCGCUACGUCCUCCUCAUGAAUAACCACAUCGCCAGCAUCCAGUUGGACCUACUCAAAGAUUACGUCUCGAUGGAGUUCCUUGUGCUGAGCAAUAAUCGGCUCACGGACGGCGCCGUAGAAGGAGCCUUCGAGGGAAUCCCAGCUCUGAAACGCCUCUACCUGGACAGGAACCUCCUAGAAAGCAUUCCAACGGACCUUCCAUUUUCUCUUGAGGAGCUCCGUCUGGACAAUAACCAUGUCGGGGUGAUGUCUGAGGACGCCUGGGCCCGCUGCCCCGGCCUCUUGGUUCUGAGCCUCAGCAACAACAGCCUGGGGAACGGAUCUGACUCUCUAACUGAAGCAGUGCUCUCUCCUCUGGGCAACCUGCGCACUCUGAACCUGAAUCACAACCAGCUGACAUUGGUCCCCAUGGGUUUACCGCUGUCCAUCAAGGAGCUGUAUCUCAAAGGGAAUGUCAUUGAGCAGUUCCGGGCAGGAGCCUUCAAUGGAAUAUCAGAGCUGGUGGUGUUGGAUCUGAGUGCAAACAGAUUGACAAACAAAGGUCUUCUCAGGGAGUCCCUCCUCAACACAACUCACCUGGAAAGCCUCAACCUGGAAGGGAACCGACUUAAGCAGGUGCCACGUCACCUUCCCCGCUCACUCAAAACUCUGAAUCUGGAGGGAAACCUCAUAUCUUCUAUAAAGAAAGCCGCUUUCAGCACCGUGAAGAACCUGGAACACCUGGGCUUGGCUCGGAACAAGAUCUUCAAAGUUGCAAUAGGUGCUUUCAGGAUGUUACCGGUCCUGCACCAGUUAGACCUGUGCAACAACACCUUGCGCCAAGUGCCCAGACAGCUGCCGCAGGGUUUGCACUCGGUGGCACUGACGCACAACAAGAUUCAGUCUGUGCCCCGUGACGCUUUCUGCUGGGGCAAUACAAGUCUGAGUCCCAGCAGGCUCGUACAAGUGCAGCUGGAACACAACUUAAUUGACAUGGGCAAGUUGGAUGCACAGGCUUUCAGAUGUUUACGUGGAUUCCAGGUGGUGCACUUCUACUGAGCCACUGACAGAUGCAAGAUACACGAGAGGAUUGUAAAAACACUUU